UAAACCCGCGUAUGAACUUCCUCUAUUUACCCCCUCUUAUCGCGUCAAACUUUAACAUCCGCAGCCGCGGCACACCGGCGGCGAGAGAAGAGAUUGCGCAUUACGUCAUCGCGGAGGCCACACGCACCGGAGGGGCAGCGCUGCCUCCAUCCUGCUCCUCCGCCGGUAGGCUACGCUGCCCGGAAAUCUUCCUCACGACGAGAGCCCCGUUUGCCGUGGUGAAAGCGGCUCCGGAUCGCCCCCCCCCCCCCCCCCCGCUCCGCUCAGAGAUGCAGCGACCGACAGCAGAGAGCCGCUGAUCGCACCGCGGGACGCGACCCGCGUCGGACGGAUGGGAUACAACCAAAACAAACCAAAGAUAGUACAGGGAUGUUGCAAGGUCGAAGUACAUUGUGAAUGAUUGAAGACGUUGGGCAGAGCGGUGACAACAUGGCAGAUAGAAGGCAACUGUUGGUGGAGAUGAGGGCUCAAGAUCUGGACUCCAUACGACUAUCGACGUACAGGACGGCCUGCAAGCUGCGAUUUGUGCAGAAGAAAUGCAACCUGCACCUGGUCGACAUCUGGAACGUCGUGGAGGCCUUCCGAGAGACCGGCGUCAACGCCGCGGACCUCGGCGACCAGCUCCCCGCGGCGCGUCUGGAAGUGGUGUUGUCCACCGUCUUUUACCAGCUCAACAAGCGCAUGCCCACCACGCACCAGGUCGCCGUGGAACAGUCCGUCGGCCUGCUGCUUAACUUCCUGCUGGCGGCCUACGACCCGGAAGGCCAAAGAAAGAUCUCUGUCUUUGUUGUGAAGAUGGCUCUGGGAACCAUUUGUGGAGGGAAAAUCCUGGAUAAGUUAAGAUACAUUUUUUCCCAGAUAUCAGAUUCCGCAGGAACAAUGGUCCACUCGCAGUUCGACCAAUUCCUGAGGGAGGUGCUCAAGUUGCCCAUGGCGGUGUUUGAGGGGCCCUCGUUCGGCUACACCGAACAAGCCGCACGGACGUGCUUCGCGCAGCAGAAAAAGGUCUCCCUCAAUACAUUCCUCGAUACGCUGAUGUCCGACCCGUCCCCUCAGUGUCUGGUGUGGCUCCCGCUCAUGCAUCGGCUCGCCAACGUCGAGAACGUCUUUCACCCAGUCGAGUGCUCCUAUUGCCGUACCGAGAGCAUGAUGGGCUUCCGCUACCGCUGCCAGCAAUGUCAUAAUUACCAGCUCUGUCAGGACUGCUUCUGGAGGGGCCAUGCCAGCGGUUCCCAUAGCAACCAGCACCAAAUGAAGGAGUAUACGUCAUGGAAAUCCCCCGCCAAGAAGUUAUCCCACGCGCUGAGUAAAUCCCUGAGCUGCGCCUCCAGCAGAGAGCCCCUUCACCCCAUGUUUCCCGACAUGCCCGACAAGCCUCUCAACCUGGCUCACGUUGUAGAUACGUGGCCCCCGAGACCAGUGAACGUCACCAACGACUACUCGCUCUCCCACUCCAUGCCCACAUCAGGGAACCCUUACUCCACCAAAAACAAGAGUAAUGGCGUUGAGCAAAGAAAGCCUUUGACUCUGGCUGCUCCACAUCUGUUUAAGGGCCGAGGGUUGAACUACAACCUGGACGUCGCCGAUAGACUCGCAGACGAACAUGCGCUCAUUGGCCUCUAUGUGAAUCUCCUCCAAAACGACCCCAAAACAUGUUUGCUGGAGAGCACCCAUCAAGAUGAAGAGCACAGCCUCAUCGCCCGCUAUGCUGCUCGCCUGGCUGCCGACGCCGCGGCUCAACAGCAGCGGAUCCCCACGGACCUGCCCGGCCCGCUGGAUGCCAACAAGCAGCAGAGGCAGCUCAUCGCCGAGCUGGAGAGCAAAAACAGAGAAAUCCUGCAGGAAAUCCAGCGGCUGCGCGUUCAGCACGAGGAGGCCUCCCAGCCGCCGCCUGACCGGGGUCCGCAGAACCCCACUCUCCUGGCCGAGCUCCGGCUCCUCAGGCAACGCAAAGACGAGCUGGAACAUCGAAUGUCGGCUCUGCAGGAGAGUCGCAGGGAACUCAUGGUGCAGCUGGAGCAGCUGAUGAUGCUCCUCAAGCUGGAGGAGGAGCGAAAACGAGCUACUCAGGGCCCCGGCUCGCCGCGCUCUUCUCCCGGCCACGGCGUCGGCCGGACGAUCCCCACGCCGGUCCACUCGGACUCCGCCUGCACGACCCCGACGCACACACCUCAGGACUCGCUCAUGGGCGUGGGGGGGGACGUUCAGGAGGCCUUCGCUCUGGGCCCCAGGAGGAACUUGAGGAAUGACCUACUCAUCGCUGCUGACUCCAUCACCAACACGAUGUCGUCGCUGGUCAAAGAACUCAAUUCAGAAGGUGGAAGUGAGACCGAGAGCACCUCGGAUUGCGAUUUUGGACGCGCCGACCUGUUCUCCACACCCUCUUCUGACCCGUUCUUCACGUACAAAUCGAGGAGCGCCAGCGCGGCGGACGAGGAGAGGUUCGAGAGCGACCUGGAGCGGCAGCUGGAGGCCGAGCUCACGCUGACGGAGGAGCUGACGGAGCGCCGGCGGGGGCCGGACAAGGCGUGCGCGGUGGGUGGUUCCCGAGCGUCGGUGACGCUGCGGCAGUGACCGAGUCCGUCCAGGUGAGUGCUCCCCAGGUAGCAUAUUUGGGAUAUGAUGCACUCGUAACACGUCCUGUGUGCUUUAAUACCAGAUGAGCAACAACAGUAGAAGACACUGGACGAGGAGACGCUGGGCAGCACUGAGGACGAGAAGAAUUUUUAGUUGAAUAAACUGCUGAAUACAACCAUUACAAUACAUUUAUGUAAAGAUAUAUUUUUUAACCAACCACAUAUUUAAAGUAAUACUGUGAGCCGAUGUAAAGAGAUUAAUUAGCGAGCUGUCUUAUUACACCACAGGUGCCAUGAAAAUAACACAUGACUUUGAGGAAUUAUUUCUUAAUUCUUUUGCCUUUUUACAUGAGUUGUCAAGCAAAUUUACAACCACACGGUUAAUACGAUUCUUUCAAAGGCCCAUGUUACUGAAAACAGUGAACCAGGUUCACUUAAGUGUUUGUUUGUCCUCUGAUUUAAAAUAUAAACUUGUGUUGAAGUUAUAGAUGAUACAUUUUGUAUUAUUUAAUAAAUGUGUAACUCCAGAUUUGACCACUGGUCCUUACAUUUCUUACAGAUGCUGUCAAGUGGCUUUUGUGUUGUUGUGUUUUGGGCAUUUUUUUUUUGUAGCAGCCAGAUCAAAAAGGCUUGUUUUAUUUGAUACCUUUAGUGGUUAAUAAUGCACACAUGCCUUAGCAGAUUGGAAAACAUCUCAUUCAUAUUGCCAAUGCAGCACGUAGCUGACAACAAAACGAGCCUGAUUCAGCGCUGGUUGUCUUUACCUGACAAAGAAGGUGGAAUUCAUUAAAUCUCAUGCUGGGAAGGGAUUUUAUCUGCAAACAUGUACACUGUUUAUUAAGUUUAAGAUACAGCUAGAUUGGUUCUGAGGUGUGGAAGCGUUUUAAGGUACAGUGACAAUAUGGUGAGACCAUCGAACAAAUUGUGUUCCCUACCAAUGUUUUACGAAUUAAGGUUUUUAUCAUUUUGCCAUCGUUUCAUUUGCUAGUGUCACUGCUCUCACACCAAACAUGCACACUCUUGAUGUAUUUCCUGAAUGUGUGUGAAACUUCACUCAGUCACUUUGGGGAAAAGUGCAAGCCCAUCAAAAAUCAUAAAUGUGUGAAAUAUAUCUAGUUUGAUUUUUUUUUUUUUUUUUAGCAAGUUCAUAGCAGUGAUUUCUGCAUGGUGGUGAUGCACAAUAAUAAAGUGUUGACACAAUAUCA